AUGAAAGAACGCAAGCGAAAGCCACCUAGAAGCAUUGCUCCCAAGAAAGAGCUGUUCAUACAUUUACCAUUUAAGGGCGAUACUGCAGCUGAUAUCCUAUCUCGACGUUUGAAAGAUGCUGUUGAGAAAACUUAUUUCGCAGCCCGCUUAAGAAUUGGUUACCACAACAAACCAUUGUUUGCAAAACCCUUGAAAGAUAGUCUGCCAUCGUUGACCCGUUCAAUGCUCGUUUAUCAGUACUCGUGCUCUUGUGGUGCACGAUACGUGGGUUGCACAACGAGACGUCUAUCCCAGAGGAUUCGCGAGCACAUCCCGGCGUGGUUUUACAAAGGCGAAAUGAGGGCCUCAGACAGCUCAAUCAUGUCGCACCUCCUCGAAAGUGGCCAUACUGCAUCUGAGAAUGACUUUAAAGUCAUCUAUUCACUACCUGAACGCUUAUCACAAAGCUUCCGAAAGCAAAUCUGGUCUAUCGCCGAGGCUAUUUACAUCCAUCAUCUGAAGCCGGGAUUAUGCGUACACGAACGAUUCAUACGGCCGAUACUACUACCUUGGCCGACUGACAUGGUUACUUAACUACCCUUUGUGACCUUAGCUAUUUACUUUAGGCCCUGAAGCUUGUAUUAAUUUCCUUUGAUGCACUUUUCCUACCAUCUGUAGCCACCUUUAGUCAUCGAGCUUGAGCUUUCAAACCCCUUAGAAAUCAAUCCCAGCCCGAUUUGACGCUUACCCCACAUAAUCCGUGUCAUGUAAAAGUUUGGGUCUGACGAGAUUUUACCGAAAAGAUAUCUUAACCCUGAACUGUUUUC